CCCCCUCCCUCUAUUUUGUUCCGAAAAACGAUGUACUCCCUCCCCCCCCCUCUCUCCGCCUCUUUCAGGUACAACGCCUACUCGUACCUGGGGUCGGACGAGCCGGACGUUGUAUCUUCUGGGCGGUCCCAGAACAACGUCUUCUCACAGAACUCCUUCGCCGGCGCUGCGGAGACGAUCAAGAUCAAGGAGGCCGACGGCACCCAGUUCCUCGACAACGUCUUCGAGGUUGGCGAUGCGGAUGGUCUGGUGGUGCGGUUCGACAAUGCCACCGGGAACCUCAUGCAGGGCAACACCGGGCUCGACGACGGGGAGUUCGAGCUCAAGGUGGACAACGACGCCUGCUUUGACGGGGAGUCGGACUCCGGCUACGAGCCCGUCUGCUGA